UAGAGGACAAGACCAGCCUGCGCGGAACGGAACUGCGUAAUUAUAUCGAUCGAUCAACUAUCAAGUACGCGCCAAUCCACCGCGCCGCCGCCCUCCGUAAUAUAUAAAUAAAAAAAAUCCGGUGAACACAAAGAUGGCACUGUCAUUAGUUCACACUGAAUUGGUAUCCAUGCAAGGCCUUCGCGUCGAUGGGCGCAGGCCUCACGAGCUCGCCGUAGUAAGGUGCAAGCUCGGUGCCAGCUCCAAACCUGAUGGGAGCGUGUACUUGGAACAAGGAUGUACCAAGGUUUUGGUUGCUGUUUAUGGGCCCCACCAAGCAUCCAAAACAAAAAUGCUACCAAAUGCUGUAGCACUCAAUUGCAAAAUCAGCAUUGCUAGAUUUGCAACAGCCAUGAGGAAAAGUGAUCCGGCAGAUGAGCGAAAAGUUCUGGAAAAUAUGUCAAUGAAUUUGAAGCAGGCUCUCUUGGCUACCCUCAAAUCAGAGCUCUAUCCUCGCUCACAGAUAGAUGUGUAUGUUGAAGUGUUACAGGAUGACGGCAAUGCAUUCUGUGCGAGUGUAAACGCGGCCUGUCUCGCGCUCAUUGACGCCGGGAUUCCCAUGAGAGAGUACGUGACUGCGUGCUCCGCUUCCAUAGCGAUCACAGAUGACCAGAAGCAACAUCUUCUGGUGGACGUCAACAAAGGCGAGGAAGCUGCAGGCUGCGCUGUGUUGACUGUGGCCUGCUUGCCUGAUACGGGAAAAAUCGCUGUUCUGGAUUUGACUCACAGAGUCCACAUGGAUCAUUUUGAAAAGGUGUUAAACACGGCUAUACAAGGAUGCAAAGAUAUUAAGAUUGUGUUGGACAAAGCUCUGCGGCAGUAUUUAGCCGAGACCUGGCCUCAUUAAACUACACACGACUAUGAUCUUGUUUCUUGUGUUAAUCGUUAUUUUUUUUUUUAAUGAUUGUUUGCUGAAGAUUAGUAUGUUUGCGUGGCAUUCAUGAUUUGACCAGCUUUUAUUUAGCUUCUACUUUUUGUAAGAUGUAUUUUUUCUUGCGUUUAGUAAGGUAUGUAUUCUAUCAAUGUAAAAUUAAGCGGGUAUUACAGGGGUCUCUAGUCUAUAUUUUUUGAAAAAAGUAUUUGACUGCCAAAGUCUAUUCUGAGAUAUUAAAAAUAUUCACGAAGUGAAUUAGUUCUUUAUAGGGCAAGGUUUAUUAAGUAUUUAGAAAUAAAAUGUUUUCGAAUUUGGCUGACUGAUCGUAAUAAAUUUUGCGCGAAGCGCUGUAGGUUACUUCAUUUAUAAAAGAAAAUUAAGCUUGCGAGAGGUAAGAAUGAAUACACCUAUGUGUGUGUGUUUGUUACUCUUUCACGAUAAAAGUACUGGAUAAAAUUUAAUGAAGCUUGGCAGUAAUAUAGCUUAAAUAUCAGUUUAAAAUCUAGGCUACUAUACAUAUAUGUUAGGGAAGUCAUUCCCUAAAACGUCAUACUAACCAAGUCAAAAAGAUCUAAAAAAGCGUAAUCGAGACUUUCCAGGUACAGGCAGUUAUACUUGCUCAUAUUAGAUGCUGGAAAAAUUAUGGUGUACCUACUCUACGCUGGUGCGUAUUUUAUUUUGUGAACGAAGUGAUCGGUCUAAUUUAGCCUUCAGUAGGUACAUUUUACCAUUUCUCUCGUCAUUUAUUUUAUAUGACUAUGUUAGAUUUACAUAUUUUUUGGGUAUGUUUGUCUUAAGUACUUAUGCGGUCAGUGACCAAUUAAUUAAUGUAAUAGUGUUAGAAAUUGCUAAUUUUGGUUAGUAUUAAGAACUCAGAUUUUUGUGUGUAGCAUUAAAUCUGGUCCAAUAGUAUGUAAAACAUUAACUUACAUUCAAUAAACAUUCAUUAAUAUUAGCCAUUUUCAAAAAAGUUAUAUAACUAUCUUGAAUAUUUACUCAGGACAACAUGUUCCGCUCCAUUGUUGUUGAUAAAAUGCAUUUAGGACUCUUUGAUUAUACCUACCACUUGUAAUAACUAUUGUUAUAACUUGAAAAAAAUAUGACCAUUGUAUUGAUAAUAAUCUUAGUUAAGUACUUAUACUCAAGAUUUGAUGUCUGAAUCUCCAAUUUGAUGAAAUAAAUAAUACUGUCGUAUA